CUUUCUUGUCCUCACAUUCUUCUUCGCUCCAAGUCAUUAAUAUCAUUUAUAAAACAUGGCAAUAUGCACUUGUUCAUUUAUUUAACCCUCAAGAAACUCAUUUGAACCAAAUAUACAUUUCCAUUCGAAGAAAAUGGAACUGAAUAAAGGAGAAUUUAUUGUUUUGGUUAUUGGGUUUGUUCUUCCUCAACUGUCUUUGCUGGGAUCGGCCAAUGUCGUCUUCCAGGUUCAGCAUAAAUUUGCUGGCAACAAGAAGCCUUUAACUGAGUUCAAAGCUCAUGAUUCCCAACGUCAUCGGAGGAUUCUCUCAGCCGUCCGCCUCCCCAUAGGUGGCGAUAGUAACCCUACCUCAGCAGCCCUUUAUUUUUCUAAGAUACGGAUAGGGACUCCAGGAAAGGACUAUAUGGUGCAGGUUGAUACAGGGAGUGACCUUCUAUGGGUAAAUGGUGUUGGAUGUCAAGAAUGUCCUAGGACAAGUGGCCAUGGAGCACCACGUCCAUUUUAUGAUCCAAAGGCUUCCACAACUGCAAAAAUUGUUAGUUGUGAUCAAGGAAUUUGCAGUUCCAUACUGAAAGGUGCCACUAGUAACUGUAAGGUCGGAACCCGUUGUUCUUAUUCUGUUAAUUACGGUGAUGGAAGCUCAGCGACAGGAUAUUUUGUGAGAGAUAUUGUAAAUCUUGAUCGAGUUUCAGGAGACCUUCAAACAACAUCUAUGAAUGGGAGUAUAGCAUUCGGGCAAGUCUACACUUCCCAUAUGUAUGGAUCUCAACAAUCUGGAGAGUUGGGUUCAUCAGAACAACCACUAGAUGGAAUGCUUGGGUUUGGGCAAGCAGAUUCUUCUAUGCUUUCACAGCUUGCAUCUGCCAAAAAGGUUAAAAAGAUUUUUUCACAUUGCCUGGAUGGCUCUAAAGGAGGCGGCAUAUUUACCAUUGGAGAAGUGAUAUAUCCGAAAGUCAAGACAACAUCAAUGAGUCACACGGAGCAUUAUAAUGUUGAAUUAAAGGAAAUUCUGGUAGGUGAUGAUGUUUUACAACUUCCAAAAGAUUUUUUUGAUGUUGGAACCAAUCAAGGAACAAUUAUUGACAGCGGUACAACCUUAGCUUAUUUACCCGAUUUGGCUUACAAGCAAUUGAUCAAGAAGAUAAAUGCUGCACAACCAAAUUUAAAGAGUCACAUUGUAAAUCAGCAGUUUAUAUGCUACAAAUACUCUGGAAAUGUUGAGAAGGGUUUUCCGGUUGUCACUUUUCUCUUCAAAAAUUCAUUAUCUCUGAAAGUUUAUCCCCAUCAAUACCUAUUUGAAGUUGAGGAUCAAGAAUGGUGUAUCGGUUUUCAAGACAGCAAUUUGCAAACGAAGGAUGGGAAAGAUAUAACUUUAUUAGGAGAUGUUGUAUUGACUGAUAAGUUGGUAACGUACGAUGUGGAAAAGAAGACCAUUGGAUGGAUUGAGCAUAAGUGCUCUUCAACCAUCAAAGUGAAAGAUGAGGAAUCUAGGAAAGUGUAUACGGUACGAGGCGAUAAACUAUCUCAUUCAAGUCGUAUCCGUACCUCAAGUGGAAUUGCAAUGGCUUCCUUCUUUUUUGUCAUGUCAAUCUCCUUCAUUCACCCGAUGUUGAAUUAG